CUAACGUCAUUUCCUGAGGCUGCUGCUUUCUUCCUUUUCUGUCAGCCAUUGGUGAUCUGCGGUCUAGAAAGCCUUAACGGCCAUUAAAAAUCUACACCAUGCAAAACGACGCUGGAGAAUUCGUGGACCUGUACGUGCCUCGUAAAUGCUCUGCUAGCAACAGAAUUAUUGGUGCAAAGGACCAUGCCUCCAUCCAGAUCAACAUUGCUGAGGUUGACAAGGUAACAGGCAGGUUCAAUGGCCAGUUCAAGACCUAUGCCAUCUGUGGUGCUAUUCGCAGAAUGGGGGAAGCUGAUGACUCUCUCCUGAGACUGGCAAAGAACGACUCCAUUGUGUCAAAGAACAUAUAAGUUUAAGAAAGGACACCUGCCAUUUCUUUGUAAAAUAAAAUGGGGAAAAAAUGAAAGUUUUGGUUUGUUUGUUGUUGUUUUUUUUUGUCUCCUCACGUGUAUGGUAUUGCAGCAGUGGAUGCAUCACGUUAGUUGGAUACAUUUGAGUAAUCUGAACCUAUGCUUUAUGUGAAGCAGCUCUUGUUGCUACUGUUUAUGGGAUCGCUGAAUGAUUAUACAGUGGAUAUAAAAAGUCUCACCCCUGUUAAAAUGGCAAAUUUUUGUCAUUAAAUUUUUUUUUUU